CAGCUGCCCACACGUGUGAUUAAAGAAGCUCGGUUAACCUCAAGGGUUUCGUUAACAACUCCGGUAGAAAUGGACGGGUUUGGCUCUGACUUCUCAGCAGGAGGAUCGGGCGGUAAAAUGGACACCGGCACGAUCAUGGAGCAGGUCAAGGUCCAGAUUGCGGUGGCUAACGCUCAGGAGCUGCUGCAGAGGAUGACAGAUAAAUGCUUCAAGAAGUGCAUAGGUAAACCUGGAAGCACGCUGGACAACUCAGAGCAGAAAUGCAUUGCCAUGUGUAUGGAUCGGUAUAUGGAUGCCUGGAAUACCGUGUCCCGAACAUACAACUCUAGAUUACAGAGGGAAAGAGCUCGCAUGUGAACAUCCAUCACUUCAUCCCUCCCCUCCUCGGGCCACCGCUUACCUACAGAGGAGCGCAGUGCACCACCAGAGGUCACAAUGUGUGCACAAGGUGUGUCAUGGCAGCAGCACACCAUUAACUUCUGUCAUUUUACCUCACAGACAGGCUAGCAGAGCCUGUGGACUCUAGCCAUAACAGUGUCUCUGUGUGGACAUUUUCAUUUUGCUCUGAGGAACAGUUCAGUAACAAAGAUUAACUAUCUGUGUUUUUAUGUUAUAUAUAAAUAUAUAAUUAAUCUUCUGGUUAACCAUUAAACAUGCCAUGUUAAAAGCUGCAGGGCCGACCUGCAAGUAGGUCAGGAGAAUUGGAAACUUUAAAUUGCUUGUUGGAAUGAAUGAUAGUGUGAAUGUGUUUGUGUGUGUUAGCCCUUUGAUUGACAAAUGGUUCUGGGUGUAACCCAAUAUUUGAUAUUGUCAAUGUUGCUGUCAUUGACUAGUCAACAGCAGAAAAAUUGCCUUUGUUUUUUGCAGUAAGUAAGAGUUCAUUAGUGUGGCUUCAGUUUAAACACAUCUUCCUGCCAGCAGACUAAGUUUUAAUCUGUAUAAUUAGGACAUAUGAUACUGACAAGGGUUAACGAGACUUGUGUCCUUCAGUUACUAAAAUUGCUCCUUAAAACACUGUGUCAGUAUAUACAUACAGAAUAUUUGUUUGUAUGUAAUAUGCAGCACAACUGGGGCUCUGAAGGGAACCCACAACGCAGCUUUUCUUAACAUGCUGUGUGAGGUAAACAUGCUCUGUACACCUACUGAAAAUCAACAGAAAGAAUUGGAGAGCAACUUGGUGUUUUCACAACCGUGAACCUGACAUUCACAAGCCUCCAAACAGUCCUAUAUCAAAGUACGCCUGGAGAACAAAACUGUUUUGUCUGACCUGUUUUCUAGUUGUCACACUAUCUGCCGCCCUCCACAGUAGUGGGCUUGUUUCAGCAGGGUCUUUUUUGCUGUAGAUGUGGUACUGAACCUUUCUCAGCUUUGUGUGUGCGGUUUGUCAGAUGUCUGGGAACCAAAAUCCUUUGCUGAGGUUGUGUUGGGAAGUAUGAGCCAAAUAAGCCUGUGAACAGUAUUUUCAAAUUGACUGGGAGUGUGCGUGUGAGCAAAUUAAAUGGUUUUCCUGAAAAAUAAAUAAAUCAUGUCAAUCAGUUAUUUUCCUCUUGUU